AGCCUGAGAUAUAAAACUGUCAAGAGUCUCGUCUUUGCCUGAGAAACUCCUUUCCAGGCCACACAACCUCACCUGUUUGGCGGUCCAGGGCCUGGGUGAACUGGUUGAUGGCAGGAGGCACUUUCAGCCGCUUGUACAGGGUGCCUCUCUGCCGCUGCAACCUGACAGCGGGGCCAUUUAACAAAGCGGGUGAGGUCUCUUUUCGGUUGCAUGUCCCCUCCUGAGAAAUAAAGGGCGACAUCGACUGAGUGAGGCUCAAAUUCCGUGUCAAGUUCAUGUCUGGGGCCACUCAGAAGGGUGUUGGUGCAUCAGAGAUCUUGGUGGUUUAAAAUGUCAUCACCAUCUUCAGAUAGCAAAUAUUCUUUUACAUCAUCUGCACACAAACACUUGAGAACGCCAGCGAGAGCACGAUGCCCUUCCUAACAAGAAGCCAAGGUGCCACCAACUACAGUAGAAUUGCAGUCCGAGGGCCUCGCUGGGACAACACUAUUCAACUUGUUUUCGGAUGGCCAAGCUGAAUCCAAGGCCCCUACCCUAUUCAGCCGAACGCUCACUCAGAAACUCCCAACGAAAGCAAGAGAUAGGCACCAUCACUGCCCGUCUCUAAGGGACACAAGUUGAGGACUGACACCACUUCACACCCCCUAAAACCUGCAAGAUCCGACUCAACCCCAUUACCACUUUUCCUUGGGAAAAAGACCGUUUUCAUCCUGCCGUUUGUUACUCACCAAUGCCGAAAUUCUUCGGCCUGGGCUCAAACAGGGGAUUCGCCACUUUCUCGGCCUCCUGCUUCUUCACAACAGCAGGGCCCGGAGCCAUCUUCUUCCUCUUGGCCUUCUCUCCUUUUGGCUGGACAGAAAGAAAAUCCCGGUGAAACCGCCGCCUCCUUCGCCGGGAGGUCUCAGGUUGGCUCCUUCAAAACAAGGGGCGCCGACGGCCCCUGUCCCAACCAGCCGGCGAGCUGCGUCCCGAAGCCCCCCAGGGCCACCCCAGCCUGUGCAGCUGCGGCCUUGGCUGCCGGGAACGUCCUCGCCAUGCCGCGGCAGGAGCGUCUCCCAACAGCCGCACCAGCACGCAGCCCACGGAACCCCGAGUGGCCGGAGCCCGGCUAAGGCCGACGCCACGCUCUUCGCGUCGCCCACCCAGGAGACGUCCCGGACGGGACUCGGGGCGCCUGAGCCGCGGCCCCGCCAGCUCCAGGAGCAGCAGGUGCGGCUCGGAACUCGUUGGUCAAAGCCUCUGCGGCGGCCCUCAGAAAAACCAGACGCCGCUCCGUAGUUUUCCGAGCGCCUCCGCCCCGUCCGAGCCCCGCACCCGGGCGCUCCCGGCCCUCCUCCUCCAGCCCAGCGGCAUCGGGACCCACGCAUCCCGCUUCCGGCUGCCCGGGGCUUUAGUCCGUCUCAAUGUCUCCGUGCCACACCGGUACGGCUCUCCUAGAGCUAGGCGGAGCAGGAGGCCCUGUGAGGCCGCGCCUAGAGGAGGAUGGCAGCGGAUAAAGUCGGAACCCGGCUACCGUGUCGCAGAAGGAGACCUCACUCACCAUCUUGGUCGGCGGGAAGACAGAGAAAGGAAAGGGAAUUCUGGGGAAUACGUAUGCCGCGGGGAGGAUCGCGAGAGUUGAUGCCGGCGCGGGAUUUCAGAUUUAAAGCAACAGGACACCUAUAAACCUAAAAAGCCACGCGCGGCGGCGAAGCUACGGCGGCGGACUCGGUUUUCGGACUGCGGAGCGACCGGGAAGACUCCAUCUCGGCCGAGAGACUGCGGCGGGCGGGCCCGGCCUGGGGAGAGGCACGGGAAAGUGCGGGUUCCGGAGGCACGUGUCCACCCCGCCCCGGGCCGACCCCGCGGACGCGGCGUCUGGUCCAGGUCACCGCCCCUGCGCCGCCUGAGGCUCUGCCAUGGCCCAGCAGAGAGCCCUGCCCCAGAGCAAGGAGACACUGCUGCAGUCUUACAACAAGCGGCUGAAGGAUGACAUCAAGUCCGUCAUGGACAACUUCACCGAGAUCAUCAAGACCGCCAAGGUCCGAGCCGGUGAGUCCCUGAUGAAGCUGGUGUCCGACCUCAAGCAGUUCCUGAUCCUCAACGACUUCCCCUCCGUGAACGAGGCCAUCGACCAGCGCAACCAGCAGCUGCGCGCGCUGCAGGAGGAGUGCGACCGGAAGCUCAUCACGCUGCGGGACGAGAUCUCCAUUGACCUCUACGAGCUGGAGGAGGAGUAUUACUCGUCCAGCUCAAGCCUUUGCGAAGCUAAUGACCUGCCUCUGUGCGAAGCUUACGGGAGGCUGGACCUCGACACAGACUCUGCUGAUGGCCUCUCGGCCCCUCUGCUGGCGUCCCCGGAGCCCAGUGCUGGCCCCCUGCAGGCGGCAGCCCCUGCCCAUUCCCAUGCCGGCGGCCCGGGCCCCACUGAGCAUGCCUGAGCCUCUGGGGCCACCCCUCAUUGUUAGGAACAGAACCAGAGGUCGCCCUCUGGAUGCUGCCACAGCCUCGCUUCUUUCAGCCUAGGUUCCCAUUUGGGGACUUCAGGACACCAGAGCCUCUGGGACUUCCUUGCGAAGCUCGGUAGCCCAGGGCCGGUCCAGCCAGGACGGUUGGGAAAGUGGUUUCCUAGCCAUUUCUGAACAGCCCAUCAUUCCCUGAGUCAUCAUCUCUUUUUGCUGUCUUUCUGGCCGGCCAGGUAGAAGAAGGUUUUCAACAUAGGUCUGUCCUGCUGGGGACCUCAGCAGUGGGGCAGGAGGGUGCCUGAUAUGGGGGAGCCCCAACUCGAGCCUGUUAGAGUUGGGAGGGGCUCCGAGCAGACGGUGUUGGGCAGGCCGGGUUUCCUGUGCGGAGCCCCACCUGCUGCUGCUUGCCCUGAGCUGCACAUGUUCGCGCCCUGGCUGAGUGUUACGGCAGGGCCGUAUGAGAGGGGUUGCCCCGACAUAUGGAAGCUACGUGCGACUCAUUCCUAACUCUGCCUCUGUAAUGAGACUUGAUUAAAACACCGCCACCCUUUUGCAUUGCUCCUCUUUCUUCCUCCUUCCUCGUGAGUCCAGAACCACGCUCAGUCUCCCAGCAGCUGUCCGAGCAGCAGCUCCUCAGCUCUGCCAGGACAGCCUGGCCCGAGGUCACCCUCUCCCCACCGGCACCUAGUAGGUCCCCAGUAUUCAGUGAAUGGACCUGCCGCAUCAUGCCACAUCCAGGCACCAGUGCCUGUGAUGGCAUCUCAUCCUCACUGCAACCCGAGCCGGUGCUCCUGGUGCCAGCAUUUCAGAGAGGAGAGAAUAUGGACUUAGAAGGGAUGAGGUGUACCUGUGGCCACAGAGAUAGGAAGUGAAGUGGCAGAACCCUCAUGGAACUCUAGAUCCGGUGUCUCUUGGUGCCAGGCUCACCUUAGAAAUGCAGAAAUCACAGCACUGGGCAGGAAGUGUGGGGGGGCACACCUGCCCCUAACUCCUGCACCCCCCAGUUCCUCCACUACCAUCCCUGUGCUUCAUCUUCUCACGGGGGAGACCAUCAUCUUCCCCGAUGUAUGGAUGAGGUGACAGCCCAGGGAUGUCCUUGUGGACAGGCAAGGACACAGCUGACCCGUCACCACCUGGACCAGAGGACCCCGCAGCCAAGCAGAAGGCACCAGACGGACAGGAGCCUGAGGCCCAGCCCCAACUCUGGGCCUGGCUUCUGGGGUGUCCUAGGGAAGUUGCUCCCCCUCUGAGGGAGAAUUUCCCCAUUGAGAAGUCUGGUGAUCUCUUCCUGCACUGUUUUAGUUGUGGAAAUGCCUUGUACUUAAACACUAAGGAGCAAAAAGAUUACAACCAGAUGGAAGCAUAUACGAAGGGAAGGCCCGGAAGGAGCAGGCCAGACUUUGGUGGGAUCCCACUUGUCCUGUUUCUGAAAACCUGAGCGAUAAGACCUUCUGCCAUGAGCUUUUUCUGCUUGGCCAGUACCGUCAUUCCCAUGUGAAAAUAAAGUUGUUUUUCUCCCUUCUUAAAGCCAAGCCGCUCUCCUGACCCUUUUCCUCUCCAGCUCGUGGCCCUUGGGAGCAGAGCUCCACGGGGAAGCAGCUGACAUGUCUAUCUGCAGUUCUCUCAAGCCUACGUCAGACAGGUUUUGUGUCCACGACUCGAGCAAAACUACACCUAUUAGG